AUGGGCCUGCUCUCCAUCAUUCGCAAGACCAAGCUGCGCUCGCUCGAGCUGCGCGUCCUCUUCCUCGGCCUCGACAAUGCGGGCAAGACGACGAUCCUCAAGCGCCUCCUCAACCAGCCGCAGCACGACAUCGAGUCCAUCUCGCCCACCUUCGGCUUCAGCAUACAGACCUUCGUCCACAACGGCUACACCCUCAACGUCUGGGACGUCGGGGGCCAAAAGACGCUGCGCCCCUACUGGAAAAACUACUUUGAGCGGACCGACUGCGUCGUCUGGGUCGUCGACAGCAGCGAUCGCGGCCGUAUCCAGGACUGCCGCGACGAGCUGCACGCCCUCCUCGGCGAAGAGAGGCUGAGCGGCGCCACCAUCCUCGUCUUUGCCAACAAGCAGGACCUCAGCGGCGCAAUGAGCUCCGAGGAGAUCAAGGCCGCCCUCGGACUCGAGCACGACCGGGUCAGCAAAUCGCACAGCUGGCGCAUCCAGCCCUGCAGCGCCUUCACCGGAGACAACCUCGUACGCGGCCUCGACUGGGCCGUUCAGGACGUCGCAAAGCGCGUAUACUACCAUGGAGCCGUCACCGCCGGCGUCUACACAUCGGUCAUUGGUCACGACGGCGAAGGCGGUGACCUUGCGAUGCCGGGUCCACCGACUCCGCAGCCGACCGGUCUCGCCACGACGUGA